AUGUCGUGGGAAUUAAUUGCUGCUGCAAAGCGCCAGGCGUUGCAAGACUCCAUCCCAUCCGAAUGGGUGAUUCCUUCUGCAAUUUCCCCUCCCGAAGAUCAGCUGGAUGUGACCACUUUCCCUCACGAAUCUGGAUUCUUCACUGAAUUUGAAUUGGAGAUAACCUCGACUCCAGCUUCGACGAUCCUAUCUCACAUAUCAUCUGGCUCGUGGACAUCAGUGGAGGUGACGAACGCUUUCUGCAAGACUGCAGCCGUUGCUCAACAAUUGACAAAUUGUUUAUCGGAAAUAUUCUUUGAGAGCGCCAUCGAACAGGCCAACGAGCUCGAUGCAUACCUCCAACGAACCGGAAAGACCAAGGGCCCCUUUCACGGGCUGCCCAUAUCUAUUAAGGAUAAUUUCAAUGUUGUCGGUUAUGAUACGACAAUCGGCUUUACAUCCCUUGUUAACAAGCCUGCUACUUACAACAGCACGCUCAUCGAUUUUCUUAUUGAAGCCGGUGCGGUGCUGUACUGCAAGUCCAACGUGCCAACUGCUAUGAUGAUUCCAGAGACUGUGAACAACCUUUUCGGUCGAACAGUGAACCCCUUGAACCGUAACCUUACUACUGGCGGUUCCAGCGGUGGAGAAGCUGCCUUGAUAGCGUUUGGUGGCAGUCGUAUUGGUGUCGGGAGCGAUAUUGGGGGUUCUCUCCGCAUGCCUGCCGCCUGCACUGGCCUCUUCACCAUCCGUCCCUCAUACGGACGCUUCCCAAACUUCGGAGCACGCGCUUGCCUUGAGGGCCAAGAGUCCGUGAACGGGGUCUGCGGACCGAUGGCUAAGACCCUGGAGGAGAUCGUUCUCUGGGCCAGUACGAUUAUCGCCCAGCAGCCCUGGAUCCGUGACCCAAAGUGUCUGCCAAUUCCAUGGCGUUCCGUGGAGACAAAGAAAUCUCUAAGGAUUGCUGUUCUCUGGGAUGAUGGAGUUGUUAGACCCACGCCUCCUGUUUCUCGGGCGCUCAGGGAAACGGUCGAGAAGCUGACGGUAGCUGGACACGAGAUUUUUACCUGGGAACCGACCGGACACACAGAGAUACUGAAAAUACUUGAGGUUUUGUUCUUUGCGGAUGGGGGAAAGUCUUUACGAGAUCUCCUAGAGCCAACAGGCGAGCCUUUCCGGCCGGAAAUGAAGCUUUAUGAAGAAGCGCAGGGGAUAAGCGUGUACGACCUAUGGCAAACACACGUCAGUCGUAACAAUGUCUGCAAAUCGUACCUUGAUCGGUGGAACAACGCGGGAAUUGAUGCUAUUCUAUGCCCUACAACGCCAUACAGCAGCGUUGAAAACGGGAAGUUUACUUACGUUGGAUAUUCGUGUGUGUGGAACUUGCUCGAUUAUCCUGCUGUUUCGUUCCCCUGUGGUCUGAAUGCCGACAAGACUGUUGAUGCACCUUAUCCCGAUUAUCAGUCAUUAAAUCCUUGGGAUGCAAAGGUUCAGAAUGACUACACAGAUUCCGCCGAGUCGGUGCACGGAAUACCGGUAAGUCUGCAACUGGUCGGUCGCAAACUUGGAGAAGAAAGCUUGCUGGACAUGACGGAUAGUGUAUUGAAGGCUAUCGGACUACGGUGA